ACAAUCGUCGGCCACCAUCUGUCAUGGAUCACAUCUCAUCCGUCCGAUAAAUUCCUCAUAUAUACAGGGCUCGAACAGGCAGAUGGAGAGGUUGCCGCGAUCAAGUAUGGCUGGAGUGGAACCGUCGAAGAAGGAGAAGUGGUGGCCAGGGCCAAGAGUGGUGGUGCAGACCCUUGCAGCCUUCUUGUUGCAGAGGACGAGUUUAUCAUUCGAAAUGUAAGUCCCCAAAAAGUCAGCUCUACCUAUUCUAAUGUUCCCUUUCUUGCAUCCGCGUCGGCAUCUACUUGUAGGUCGGACAAAACUCGUCAAUCUUCAUCCCACCCCCAUCAAAUCAUCCUCAAUCCACUGAACCAAACGGAGCAAGAGCUCCUUGUCCCAGAUUUAGGUACAGACAAGGUCUGGAGACUCACCAAACGGAAUGAUGGCAAGUUGUCCAUUCGUGAUCACAUUGACUUUGAAGCACGGGGUGGCCCACGACAUAUCGCAGCUCGAGGAAAUACCCUUUACACGCUACUGGAGCUCACCUCAAAGCUUGCUGUACAUACCUUCCCGCUGCUUCCGGUGCCCCCUGCUCGUCUUACUUCUCUGUUCACACUUUCUGCAUUACCAAUACCGGAUACCAUGUUCGCAGUGGAAAUUCUACUACCCGAACCCAAUGCAUCCUUCCCUGAAACAUUCAUCUACACACUGAACAGAAAUGACCCUCAUUCAGAGGGUUACUCGAUUGCAAUAUUCUCUCUUGCUGCCGGAGAGGGUCAGCCAGAGCUUGUGAACGAAGUGCGUACAGGGCUAAUUCAUGUCCGGGGAAUGGUGUUUGGAGGUGACGAAGAUAAGUAUCUGGUUGAAGGUGGUGUGGAAGGUGGCGAAGUGAAGGUAUUUGAGAGGAUUGAUAGUGGCAAGGGACUCCAAGAAAUUGCGAAGCUCGGUGAAGACGUUGUGGCCCGUUGGCCGUCCCACUGGCUUCUUGUGGCACCGAGAAGUCAAGAUGUGAACUGGUGGACAUACAUCUGCUCGCCAGCUGGAGUGUAG